CUCGGCCUCCCGCGCUUGCUCCGAUGCAAGCCGCGCUUGCCGAGCAAAGAAAGCAAGGCGGAAGGUCGCGAUCGACUGCGGAACAGCCAUCCGCGCCCUCGCCGGCGCUCGCCAGGCAGGAACUCUGCCCAGCCCAGCCUGCGCCCGCCCCGCUUCGCCGAAACUGCCAGUGGAGGCCCGCCCCGGCGCCCCGCCACGCCACGUUCGUCUCCACGCCGCAGAGCAUCAUGUCAGAGAUGGAUCUUGUCAGAGAAGAAUAUCCAACAGAGAUUCACGAUUACCUUUUGGCGUUUGAAAAGUCUGUUGCUUCUGUCGAUGAGAUGCUGAAGACGAUGAUGUCUGUGUCUAGAAGUGAACUUCUCCAGAAGCUGGAUCCUCUUGAACAAGCAAAAUUAGAUUUGGUCUCUGUUUACACACUGAAUUCCAUGUUUUGGGUGUACCUUGCCACUCAAGGAAUUAAUCCAAAGGAGCAUCCAGUGAAACAAGAACUGGAGAGAAUAAGGACGUAUAUGAACAGAGUGAAGGAGAUAGCAGACAAGAAAAAGGCUGCCAAACUGGAUAAGGGUGCUGCUUCAAGAUUCGUACGAAACGCAUUGUAUGAACCAAAACCUCAGAGCAAGACUGCAAAGAAAACUUCCGUCCCAGCUAAAAAGAAGAAAACCCACUAGGAAUUUUCUGUUUUGCAGUCAUUGGUGUAGAACAGUAAGAUUUUAAUGGAGUUUUGAUACGUUUUAUGUAUUUUAGUAGAAUAUGUUUAUUAAAAAAUUCUUUCGUAUUACAUCA